UUCAAAGUUACCAUUGGCUGUUGUUGUAAGCACCAUGUUUGCCAAGACUGUAUAGACUUUACGAUUGACUGUUUGGCUUGAUAUUCUAAAACGUCUAAAAAUGUAACAGGAUUAACGAUCACAGCCACCAAACAUUUUAUUUACUUCCCCCUGUCUGCUUUUAACCGCAAGACACUGCACUCACUGUCUAAGUACUCGUGUGUUGCUUUAUUGUGCUCGUAAGCCGUGAAAUUCUGUCAAUGGAGGCUUUGUAACGGUUUGUCACCUUCUCUGCUUUACGCCGUUGUUUUAUGUUUCCGCCGUAUUACCCAUUUUGAUGCUAUUGCCUUUAUUUAGCCGUCGUUGUUUAUUUUUGUUAUCGGUUCAUAUAAACGUAGUCGAGUUAAAUGCGAACGCAUUUAGAUUGCAGCCAAUUGCUGCCGAGGCAACAUCAAACAAAGAGUAUGAGCAUUAUUUUCGGCAGAAGACAAUGGAGCAGGUGCCUCCGUGGAUGGUCUUUUCAGGCCAGGGGCACGCAGCUGAUUUUGUUGCUGCUAGUACACCAAACAUACAACCAUGUACUGAGCGAAAGGAUCGUUGAGAACAUUUAUGACGAUGUGGACUUGAGCGACAACAUCUACAGUAAUUCGACGGCUAGUGGCAAUGGUGGACCAGCUGGUCAAAGUAGCAAUGUUGUGCAUUCAUUCCGCUUUCGCGAUUUCGAGCCACGUUCCAUGGGUGAAAUAAAUUCAAAAGAUGCUGCAGAGGAGAUGAGUAAUAAAUUGAGGGAAAGUCUGUUUGAAAAACGCAAGGCGCGUGGAAUACAUUUCGAGGCUGACGGAAAAGAUCUCUCCAUAAACCUUGAAUUCAUUGUGCCUGUCUUCCGAGUGCCCAUUGAACGCAGUUUUGAAAUUACACAGACGGCUUUUCGUAAAUUUACCGAUUUAAAUUCGCGUAACCUUCUACUAGGCGGCGGUCUUGCUGUUGCAGGAGCUCUUGUUGCGGCAGUGAUCAAAACUGUGACCACGCCAACAUUCUAUGGAUAUGGCUACAAGAAAGCCAAUCGUGGCGCAGAUUUUACGGAAGGGCUCAGCUUCGUCAGUUAUGAUCCGGUGGGCGGUGACGGUGUUACGGUAAAGAAAUCUGUUAGCAGAGUCCAAGAUGUGUUAAAUGUGCUGGAACGAAGUCUACACGCUAAUAACGUGAAUAUAAGUGCGUGCGCUCAGCGCGCCAUCUGCGGUUACAUCCAGCAAGCCACAGCAGUUGUUCGGGAAGGUCGUGCAUCUCCAACUGAACGCAUAGUCGAUGGGCUCGUCAAUUUAGAUCUGCUAAGGGUUUACCUUAAUGACACAACUCUGAAGAAAGCCAUAGAUUUAGGGCGUACAAGUAAUGCGACCACUUGCGAGCACAUUUAUCGGAACUGUAAAUGGUCAAACAUGAAGAAUACAACAUGGAAAAUUGUUGCGAACUUUUUGGUCAGUUACUUAGAACGACUCAGGUAGUAUUAAACAUAACUGUAACUGUAUUAAAUAUUCUUAAAUGUAACUGGGAUUAAACAUACAGCUAUAAUAUUUAUUAUGUAUGUACAUA